AUGCAGAUUACACGGCUACGACCCCGCCCCACUCCAGCGACGUUGAUGGGCGUGUUGCGCGUGAGCUACAGCCAGAGAGGCGUGAACGACUCCUCGUUACACGCGUACCUACACACACCCGAAGCAACGGAGGGACCUCGUGUUGCACGUCUCCCUUCCACAGAUCUGUGGUGUGAGUGUUGUUGACGUUCGUGUGUAAGGCAAGUCAAAUCUUCAAGCAACUCCUCCUGUUAGGUUUGGGUUAUUUCGACGCGGUGUGGCAUCUCGUAUGAACAGGUGCUUCACGGGAGAGCCACGGGAGCCGAGGCGGACCUCCCAGCGCGCAAGCAGCGGAUGGGUGGUGAAUUCUGAUAGCACCGGUUGCAUGCCGUUGGCUCUCCCCGCGGACGCAACACACACCACUGCCCGCAACGUUGAGAGUUGAAGCGAUUGUGCAUUUCUGCCAUGGCGCAUCGACUGAUAUAGACGCGCAGGGACACACACACUUAUAGCCAAAGGCAGAUAUUUGGACGCUUGGAUAGAUUACCCACCCUGCUCUCCACAUGCCGGACCUAAAGGACUCAAGCAUGUCAAACGUGGCCAAGUUCAAGAAGGACAAGGAGAUCAUUGCUGAGUAUGAGAGCCAGGUGAAAGAGAUACGGGCUCAGCUGGUGGAGCAGCAGAAGGUUCUGGAACAGCAGACGGACAUGCGAGUGCAGCUGCUUCAGGAUCUACAAGAUUUCUUCCGAAAGAAGUCGGAGAUCGAGAGCGAGUACUCGCGGAACUUGGAGAAGCUCGCCGAGCGCUUCAUGGCCAAGACACGCAGCACCAAGGAUCAUCAGCAAUACAAGAAAGACCAGAACCUUCUAUCUCCAGUGAACUGCUGGUACCUGCUCCUAAAUGAGGUUCGCCGUGAGAGCAAAGACCAUGCCACACUGAGUGACCUGUACCUUAACAACGUCAUCACACGCUUUGCUCACAUCAGUGAAGACACCACACGCUUGCUCAAGAAGAGUAAAGAGAUCAUCUUCCAGCUACAGGAGGACCUGAUGAAGGUUCUAAACGAGCUCUACACGGUGAUGAAGACCUACCACCUGUACAACAGUGAGACUCUGAGUGCGGAGACGAAGCUCAGGGAGGCGGAGCGCCAGGGGGAGCGGGGGAGUCGCGGUGAGGCCGUGUUCGGCCUGCGCACCGAGGACCGCCACCAGCGCCGCAACAACGCACGCAAAAUCCAGAAGAUGAAAGAGAAGAGGCAGGCAAAGUACUCUGAGAAUAAGCUGAAAGUGAUGAAGGCUCGUAACGAGUACCUGCUGACUCUGGAGGCCACCAACUCGGCGCUCUUCAAAUACUACGUAAAUGACCUGUCCCACCUCAUUGACAGCUGUGACCUGGGCUACCAUUCUGGGCUGAGCCGGGCUCUGCGCACCUACCUAUCAGCCGAGUAUGGUGUGGAGACGGCACGGCACGAGGGUCUGGACAUCCUGGAGGGGGCGGUAGAGAGCCUGGACCCGGGAAGUGACCGUCAGCGCUUCAUGGAGACGCACCCGUCGGCAUUUACACCACCUCCCAGAUUCUCCUUCCAGUCACACAUGGGGGACCAGGUGGUCCAGCUGACCGCAUUGCCUCAGGUGCAGUCAGAGCUGCUGCUGCGAUACACACAACUCCAGUCCCGCCUCUCUACGCUCAAGAUAGAGAAUGAGGAGGUGAAGAAGACGUGGGAGGCGACCCUGAACACCAUCCAGGACCUGGUGAGUCUGGAGGACUUUGACGUGUCCGAGAGCUUCCAGAGGAGCCGCUCCACCGAGUCCGUCAAGUCCAGUGUCUCUGACACCUACCUGAGCAAGCCCAGUCUGGCCAAGAGGAGAGCCAAUCAGCAGGAGACCGAGCUCUUCUACUUCAUGAAACUCCGUGAGCACCUCGAGGGAAGUAACCUAAUCUCCAAACUCCAGGCCAAGCAUGACUUACUGAAGAAGAGCAUAGCAGAUGGGUAUAGAGGAGAUGUAUUGACCACGAGCAGACGACGAAACUCCCAUAGCAGGCAGCAGGAACAAGGAAAAGCCAUUCCCCUUAUCGUGGAGAGCUGCAUAAGAUAUAUUAACCUGCAUGGAUUACAGCACCAGGGAAUCUUCAGAGUCUCAGGAUCUCAAGUGGAGGUCAAUGACAUCAAAAAUUCUUUUGAACGGGGAAAUGAUCCGCUGUCAGAUGAGGAGAACAGUCCAGACAUCAACUCAGUGGCUGGAGUUCUAAAGCUCUACUUCAGGAACCUGGAGAACCCACUGUUCCCCAAAGAGCUCUUCAAUGAGAUGAUCGCCACCGUGCGCAUAGAAGCUCUAUAUGAUAGGGCCCUGAGCAUCCGUAAGAUCCUGACAACAGCACCUCGCCCCUCAGUGGUGCUGAUGAGAUACCUGUUUGCCUUCCUCAACCACCUGUCCCAGUACAGCGAUGAGAACAUGAUGGAGCCGGGGAACCUGGCCAUCUGCUUCGGGCCGACGCUCAUGCCCACGCCGGAGCUCCAUGACCAGGUGUCGUGCCAGGCCCAGGUCAACGAGGUCAUCAAGACCAUCAUCAUCCACCACGAGACCAUCUUCCCCGACCGCAAGGAGCUCGACGGCCCGCUCUACGAGAAGUGCAUGAGCGCCACAGAGUACUGUGAGAGUCCAUACAGUGAGUCCGGAGCGCUGGAGGAAGGAGAACAGGACGGAGGGACUGAGACCCAGACCAGUGAGGAUGAGGCAGAGCCCCUUGAGGCCAUAGCAAAGUUUGAUUACUCUGGUCGCUCGGCGCGAGAGCUGUCAUUCAAGAAAGGGACGUGUCUUCAGCUGUUCCAGCGUGCGUCAGACGACUGGUGGGAGGGGCGUCAUAACGGCAGCACUGGCCUUAUUCCCCAUCAGUAUAUCAUACUGAAGAGGUACACACACACUCAUCAGUACAUCAGACUGAAGAGUGACACUGAGAGUGUGAAGGUGAAAGCUAGCAGCCCUUCUGAGAGCAACAGGAGUCUGAGCUCACCGACCGAGGGCAGAGCCACAGAUUCCUUCAUCAGCAGGCACAGGAAACGGACGGAGGCUCUCCUGCGGCGCGGCCCCGGACGCCUGAGCGAUGGCCACUGCCAUGGCAACGGCACCGGCCUGGAACGCAGCUCUCCACCCGUCACAGUGACGGUCACAGGGCACUUCAGCCCUCGGGAGCUGCUGCGCGGAAUCACGCACAGCACGCAGACGCUCACACACACGCAGCCGUCGCACGGGCACUCACACAGCCCGCACUCGCACAGCCCUGAGAGGCCGCGGCAGAGGGGCAGCCACAGUGGAGGUGGCAUCAUGGUUACCCGCCAUGAGUCGUUGCGUCGCGACAGGGAGAGCCCGCCCACUCACUCGCCCUCACAGAGCAGGGCCCGGACACUUAACCCACACACCAUGGCACAGGAGAUCGAGGAGACGGUGGCUGCAGCUCUGAGUGGUUUGCGUGUGCUGGAUCGCCAGUCUACUGGCAGCAGUGGCAGUAUGUGUGUGCUGGACCGCCCUCCCGGCGGCAGCAUGUGUGGGUUGGAGCGCCCCGGCGGGGGCAAGCAGGCCCCCGACCUUGUGCUGGACACCCUGGAGCAGGUGAAGAACGGGCCGCCCGUGGCACCCUCUGGCUCAACCCCCUCCAGCCUCUCCAGCCCUUCUGAUUCUCCAAGCCCCAUGAGCCCCCUGGGCCCCUCCUUCCCGCCCCUGCCAGGCCCCGCCUCUCGCAGGAGCUCCGCCCUUUCUGAGCCCCCGGUCACAUUUGAACCGGUGACCUUUAGCCCCGUGGCCAUAAGCCGGCCUCCCGUGCUGCGACCCAAGCCGCCAGUCAUGCCCAAAAGCCACACCCCCUCCCAGCAACCCUCCCCCACACAGCACCUCCCCCCUGAUAAAUCUGGCACCAUGUGAGCAGAACCAGACUAGACUGGACCGGUUGGAACUGGACUGAGGCUUGGUCUGACCCAGACUUGGUCCGGGUCAUGACUGAUGUACAAAGAGAGAACUGUAGGGCUGGUAGCUGAUUGGUCUGAUAGAUUUAGCCAGUGAAAUGUCUGUGUGCUUUUUAGGUGGGUGUGUGUUCCCUCAGUGUAUGCAACCGAAUCAAUGUGUGUUUUUGUGUAUUUUCCUCCUGAAGAUUCAGAAACACUCAAACACACUGACAUGCACACACUGAGGGAUCCAUGUACAGGACUAGCACCCAGUGAUUCCGGAAAACAGUGGUAUAGGUGUUCAUGGGAAAUGUAGUCUUUCAGUGGAGUGUGUUUAGUGCUGUGAGUGUUAGGGCCUUACUGCCACAGAGAGAUCAAACUGCUGCUCCAAGGGUUUCUUUUGAUUGGCUGAGAAAACUGCUGUGUUUCCAUGGUUUUGUUUGAUUGGCUAGAAAAGCUGCUAUAUUCCCAUUGUUUCUGUUUGAUUGGCUGGAAGAAGCUGCUGUAUUUCUCAUAGUUGCAUUUGAUUGGAUGGAAGAAGCUGCUAUAUUCUCAUGGAGAUGUUUGAUUGGCUGAUGAUAGGACGUGAAGCUGGUGCCUGAUUGGUGAAAGGUUUUAGCUCACAGGAAGAGAGUGCUGAUGGGAACUGUAGUCAGUAAGCUUUAUUUAAAGCCACGUGGUGCAUACACAUGGCAUCUUCGAGUGCCAGACACUGAAUGUAUUUCUCCUGAAUGUUUUUUUAUAUUAUUUCACACGGAUUCACACAUAGCCUUCAUUACCUUGAAGAAGCCUUGGUGACCGUAGUAAUGUUAGGACUGUAGUCCUUAUCACCACAGAAAAACCCUUUCGGAUACAUUUGGUCGUUUGGAGCACACACUCCAGUUUUUAUCUCAAACCACCGCACACACACAUAGAAACCUGUCCCCCAUACACACACACACACACACACACACACACACUACAUAUUCAUGCCCCUGCACAGUGUUGGACACACACACAGUCUUGUUGAUGUGGCCCAAAUCUAGUCUGAGGACUCACUGGGCGCGCUGCUGUUGCAUCAUGGGACAUUCAAACUCCAGGGCUUCCAUCGCCAACAGCAACCACAACCUGCUGGCGCUACUCCCUCUGAGGACCAAUUGCAAUUGCCGUUUCGACCAAUACAAACGUCCCAUGUACUUCCAGUGUGUGUGCCUGUGUGUGUGUGUGUUGUUUAUGUUGAGAGAGAGAGAGAGGAAGAGUGUGUUGUCCUGUUUUCAGACUCACCCAUGAGAACAUUCCUUCACUUUAUGUCCUGUGUGUGUGUGUGUGUGUGUGUGUGUGUGUGUGUGUGUGUGUGUGUGUGUGUGUGUG